UGGGGAGAGGGCACCUGAGCGUCAGGCAGGCACCUCAGACGGCAGCCACCCAGGGAGAUGGGACCAUGGUGGGUCAGAGGGCCCUGCGCAGACCGCCAGGCCUCCUGCUGCUGACAUCAUUCUGCCUUCUGCACCUGGGGGCCGCAGGGCAGCCCGAUGAGGAGGUGGCGUCCAUCCAGGGAGUGAGGGGCAGCUCUGUGGAGCUUGCCUGUGGCUCGCAGCCUGCACCCCUGGUGGUCUUCUGGAGCUUUAUACCCCUGGGCUCACUGAUUCCCUGGCCUGUGGCUGUCACCAAUGGAGCAGAGUCCAAGGUGGAGGCCGGGGCCUCAGCUCUGGGAGCCGUGAGCCUGCGGAACAGCAGCCUUGUGCUGGGGGAGCUACGGGAGAGUGCCCGCGGCCACUUCCUGUGCCAGGCCCUUCACGAGGCUGGAGGCCAGCUGCGUACCACCUACUCCCACUUCAGUCUGACUGUGCUGGUGCCUGUAUCGAAGCCUCAGGUGCGGCUGAGUGAGCCGUCCCCAGUGGAGGGGACAUUCGUGGUGGCCACAUGUGCAGUGCGGGAGGGCACGGAGCCUGUGAUCUUUGCUUGGCAGCAUCAGGCACCCCAAGGCCCUGGGGAGACCCUGGUGGGAGUUACGGAGCGACUAUUCCGGCUGGACCCAGUCAACCGGAUGCACUUGGGCUGGUACGUGUGCAGUGCCCACAACGCUGUCAACCGCCUGAGCAGUGAUGAAGCUUUCCUGGAUGUCAUCUAUGGUCCAGACGAUCCUGUGAUCACGGUGGAGCCACCACACUUCACUGAGGAGGGGUUUUGGGCCAGUGAAAAGGAAGAAGUGACUCUGAGCUGCCUGGCUGCCUCCAACCCCCCAAGUCACUAUGUGUGGCUCCGUGACCACUCUCAGGUCCACACUGGGCCUACCUACACCAUCACCCGCACCAGCCGUGCCCACGCAGGCCUAUACACCUGCCUGGCCCACAACAGCCGCCUGGACACCCACACACAGACCACCGUCCAGCUUACCAUCUACUACCCCCCUGAGGGGCAGCCCUCCUGUGCAGUGCUCCCCACCCUUGGGGCUGUGACUCUGGUCUGCACCUGGCCUGGGGGCCUUCCCGCUGCCCCGCUGCAGUGGGAAGGGCCCCAGGGAACUGGCCCUGCUGCCCUCAGCAACGUCACCUGGAGUCACGCAGCCACCCAGCUGGCCAACAGCAGUGUCUUCACCUGCACUGGCCAGCACCCAGCCCUGGCACUUCUCGCCCUCUGCAGGAUCACCUUGUGGGAACCCCUCCAGAGGCCCACGUGCCGGACCAUGGCCACGACCGGAGACCAGUUCAUCAUGCUGAGCUGCGAGUGGCCUGGAGGUGAGCCCCCUGCCCUGCUGAGCUGGCUGGAUGGCCAGCAGCAGCCCCUGGGCAGCAGCAGCUCCUCGCUGGCAGUCCACGUCCUGCAGGCCCAGGAAGAUCUGGCUGGCAGGGAGUUCAUCUGCAGGGGCACUCACCCUCUCAGGGUCCCUGACGCGCACUGCCGGCUGCAGCUGGAAGCCCCACAGCUGGCAGUGGCUGAGCCCUGGGUGUCAGUGCUGGAGGGGGGAGAGGCCUGGCUGGCGUGUGCCCUCCUGGGAGGCAUGCCGCCUGCCCAGCUCCUCUGGCUGGGACCCCAGCACUUGCCGGUGGAACCAGGCCUUUCUGGAUUCAUGCUGCACCAUGAGGGCACCCGGCUCCGCCUUGGCAUCCAGGCUGCUGACCCAGCUCACCACGGGGGCACCUACCAUUGUGUGGCUCACAACACCUUGGGCAGCAGCAGUCAGAGCGUCCAGCUGGAGGUCCUGAGGUAUCCAGCUCCUCCCAACGUCACCAUCCGCAGCCUGACCUACGGCAGACACCGGAGGGAGGUGCAGCUGCAAUGGGCCAUCCGAGGCCCCGGGAACUGGACAGGCUUCCUGGUGCAGCGGAGGGCCGGUGUCCCAGGCCCAGGAGCUGGGGCUUGGGAGACAGCAGCUGGUGACAUCGAGCCAGAGAGCAGGACCCGGCGGCUGGGGGGCUUGGACCCAGGCGUCCUUUACGCCUUCCGAGUCCUGGCUCUGAAUCACCACACAACUGGACAUCCCUCUGAGGUGAAGAUACCAGCGGACUCCCCCUUCAGCGCUUAUCCAGCAGUGCUGGGUGCAGCAGGCACAGGAAUGGUGGUGGCAACGGUGGCCUCUUUGCUAGUGUUCCAGUACGCUGCCCGGCACCCGGAGACUUUCCCCUGCCUUGGCCAACUGCUUGCUCCCAUGGAGCAAAGUCACCCAUACAGGGAUUCAAUGGAAGGCCCUGAGGCACAGGCAGAACAAUCUGGUACACCCGCAAAGCAUCUCUCUCUCCUUUGUUCAUGUCUCUUCUUUUAG